AUGACUGCGCGGGAGCCUCAGGAGCCCGCGAGGCCUCCAACCCGGCCCAAGCUCGGCUGCAUCUUUCGCUGCGUGGGGGACGCCUUUGAGAACAAGACGCUGCUGCUGGACGCGCUGGGAGGCCACCCGGGCCCUCAGGUUGAUAAGUCCUACUUCGGGGCGCGCAGCGACUCUGAGGGACCCAGAGACUGCUCCGAGGCUUCGACAGGUCCCCGAGGGCAGGCUAGAGAGGCCCAGGCCCGCGGCCCACAGCAGAGUGACCGUCUUCUGAUCAAAGGUGGAAAGAUAGUGAAUGACGACCAGUCCUUUUAUGCUGAUGUGUACAUGGAAGAUGGUUUGAUAAAACAAAUUGGAGAAAACCUCAUCGUCCCUGGGGGCAUCAAGACCAUCGAUGCCCAUGGCCUGAUGGUCCUGCCAGGCGGGGUCGACGUCCACACCAGGCUGCAGAUGCCCGUCUUGGGCAUGACCCCAGCUGAUGACUUCUGUCAGGGCACCAAGGCUGCACUAGCUGGAGGAACCACAAUGAUACUGGACCACGUGUUCCCCGAUGUGGGCGGAAGCCUGGUGGCGGCUUAUGAACAGUGGCGGGAGCGUGCAGACGGCGCGGCCUGCUGUGACUACUCCCUGCACGUGGACGUCCCCCGCUGGCACGAGAGCAUCAAGGAGGAGAUAGAGGCCUUGGUCAGGGACAAGGGUGUGAACUCCUUCCUGGUCUUCAUGGCAUACAAGGACAGGUGCCAGUGCACCGAUGGCCAGAUGUAUGAGAUCUUCAGCAUCAUCCGGGACCUGGGGGCUGUGGCCCAGGUGCACGCAGAGAACGGGGACAUCGUGGAGGAGGAGCAAAAGCGGUUGCUGGAACUUGGCAUCACCGGCCCUGAGGGACAUGUGCUCAGCCACCCUGAGGAGGUGGAGGCCGAGGCUGUGUACCGAGCCAUCACUAUCGCCAAGCAGGCCAAUUGCCCACUGUAUGUCACCAAGGUUAUGAGCAGGGGUGCAGCCGACACAAUCGCCCAGGCCAAGCGCAGAGGGGUGGUCGUGUUUGGAGAGCCCCUCACUGCCAGCCUGGGUGCCGACGGCUCACACUACUGGAGCAAGAACUGGGCAAAGGCUGCAGCCUUCGUCACAUCACCACCCAUCAGCCCUGACCCCAGCACGGCAGACCACCUCACCUGCCUGCUCUCCAGUGGGGAUCUCCAGGUGACCGGCAGUGCCCACUGCACCUUUACCACUGCCCAGAAGGCCGUCGGCAAAGACAACUUCACGCUGAUCCCUGAGGGCACUAACGGUGUGGAGGAGCGCAUGUCCGUGGUCUGGGAGAAAUGUGUGGCUUCAGGGAAGAUGGACGAGAAUGAGUUUGUGGCAGUGACGAGCACAAAUGCUGCCAAAAUCUUCAAUUUUUACCCAAGGAAGGGGCGAGUGGCUGUGGGCUCUGAUGCUGACCUUGUCAUAUGGAACCCCAAGGCCACGAGGAUCAUCUCUGCCAAGAGCCAUAGUCUGAACGUGGAGUACAACAUCUUCGAAGGGGUGGAGUGCCGAGGAGCACCUGUGGUGGUCAUCAGUCAGGGCCGAGUGGUGCUGGAGAAUGGGACCAUGUUUGUCACCCCAGGCACUGGCCGCUUCAUUCCCCGGAAGACCUUCCCAGACUUUGUCUACAAGAGGAUAAAGGCUCGCAACAGGCUGGCAGAGAUCCACGGCGUGCCCCGAGGUCUCUACGAUGGGCCAGUCCAUGAGGUGAUGGUGCCCGCCAAGCCAGGGAGUGGCUCCCAGGCCCGAGCAUCCUGCCCAGGCAAGGUCUCGGUCCCCGCCGUGCGCAACCUGCACCAGUCUGGGUUCAGCCUGUCUGGGUCGCAGGCGGAUGACCACAUCGCCAGGCGCACAGCCCAGAAGAUCAUGGCGCCGCCCGGAGGGCACUCCAACAUCACCUCCCUCUCCUAG